UAACAAAAGUGUUCAACAAGAAAGGUUCCAUCAUAAAUAAAAGUUUCAGUUUAUGCAUCAAUAGUUAGUGAUAAAUAUAUAUGUAUUAUUUGCAGUUUUAUUCCAUGCAAGGCAAAUCGAUUUGUCAUGCCAUGUGUUACGAAGAAGUUUGAUGAACCCAUUUGCUCUUAUACACGUGCUUCAUCAGAAUUGAGGAAAGCUUGGUUGAGUUUAUUCAAGGAGAAGUAUUAUUGGAGACCGGAAUAUGAGUCACGCAUUAAAAAGAAUUUCAAUAAAAAGGGAUCAGAAGGUUUAUCGCGUGCACUAUCUAGUGCUCGGAAAAAUAAACAACGUCCCGAAUGGAUCAUUCUUCCAAUAUGGGUUCAACUGCUUGAGCAAUGGAGGGAUGGAAAGUUCAUUAGUAAAUGCAAUACCAAUAAAAAAACAAGAACUCUGAUGUGGGCAUGGCGUUGCACACGGGGGGAUCUAUCCCCAUCACAGAGCACUGCCGACGAUAUGAGGAAAAGUAUCAAGAAACAGCACCCCCAGAAAAAAUAUUUCUGCUAACACAUACAAAAGGAGACGGAACAUUUGUGACACCAAAAGCUAAAUCAAUCUAUGACUCAUAUGAAGAACUAAAGUCAAAAGUGUCAAAUGCCAAGUCUCAAGAUCUAAUGUUGAAGGCUGCCGGAGGGCGAAAAAAAUGAGGAAAAGUUACUGGUUUUGCCGCAGCAAGUAUUUAUUUCUUUCCUUCAGCCUCUACAUAUGAGAACAUUCCACAACAAUCAUACGAGGAUAAAUUACUUCAACAACGUGUGGAGCAAGUAGAGAAGUCCAAUAAUGCUCUUCUAGACACUAACAAAGAACUUGUGCAGUUUAAGGAAUCUGCAUCAGUUACUAUAGCAGAAAUGCAAGCCAUCAUUACAACUAUGAAAAUGGCACAACCAUUGCAACACGGUGCAUUUAUGAAUGUGAUCCCUAAUAUGCAACAAGGUACGUUCAUGGGCUCUGUUCCACACAAUCAACAAAGUGCUUACAUAAAUAUUUCUCCACAACAGCCCCAAGUGGGAUCUUUUAUGAGCAUGUUGAUGCCCCAACCUUCUCAAGUCUUCAACAAUGGCUACAAUCAUUCAAACCGGGGUGAAAAUGGAUGUGAGGAUGUUGAAGAUGAUCUCAAUCAGUGACUUUGUAAUCCUUUUAAUUUAAGCAAUUUUAAUUUC